CAAGCAUUGAGAUGACCACGGAGCUGACGCCAGAACAGGAGGCACUGAAGAAGAACAAAGUUUUGCAAGGCAUGUUCGGAAAGACGGAGUAGGUCGGACGAUGAAGAGGAGUUUCUACCCAAAUGAGAAGACGUAUACUUAGCAGCUCCUCGUUUUAUUUCCUUCUCAUGUUUAUGUUUUCGGCCGCUAUCGUUAUUCUUUUGCUGCUCGUUCCGUACUGCCGCGAUAUAGAUACUCGAAUCACAUUUUCGAGGUUAAAAGCGGACUGAGCUAGAACGCAAAAAUAUUUUGAUCAUCUCCUACCUAGUAGUCAUGAUUUCGGGCUUAUUUUUUCUUUUUCCCCCGUACCCUUUGUUUUUGAAGUUCGACUUUCUGAUGGAUCCUGAGCUAUUUCGUAGCAGUGUUGAACGCCAAUGCUAAGCAGGACCUAUAUUGAUCGUCUACCACGAAGUUUGCGCAUCCAUUUCGGGGCGUUUUGUUUUUCUAGAUGCCCUCGUCAUGGUGGAGAUUUUUCACUUAAGAGAUACCGGUAUCGAAAGAUUUUCCAGCUUUCGUUUGAAAAUAAGUACGAC